AUGGCCUCCCCACCCCAGACUGUUCUGAUCUCUGGCUGUUCAUCAGGAAUUGGUCUGGAGCUUGCUGUGCACCUGGCUCACGACCCCAGACAGCGCUACCAAGUGGUGGCCACCAUGAGGGACCUGGGAAAGAAGGAAACACUGGAGGUGGCUGCUGGAGAGGCUCUGGGGAAGACCCUUACCGUGGCCCAGCUGGAUGUGUGCAGUGAUGACUCAGUGUCCCAGUGUCUUAGCCACAUCCAGGGAGAAGUGGACGUGCUGGUGAAUAACGCUGGAGUGGGCCUGGUGGGGCCCCUGGAGGGGCUCAGCAUAGCUGCCAUGCAGAGUGUCUUCGACACCAACUUUUUCGGGGCUGUCCGUCUGGUCAAAGCUGUGCUUCCGGGCAUGAAGAGGAGGCAUCGAGGCCACAUCGUGGUGGUCAGCAGUGUCAUGGGGCUGCAAGGAGUCAUGUUCAACGACGUCUAUGCAGCCUCCAAGUUUGCACUGGAAGGAUUCUUCGAGAGCCUGGCUAUCCAGUUGCUGCAAUUCAAUAUCUGCGUCUCCCUGGUGGAGCCGGGCCCUGUGACCACCGACUUUGAGGGGAAGCUCUUGGCUCAGGUUUCCACGGCUGAAUUUCCAGGCACUGAUCCUGACAGCCUGGGCUACUUCAGGGACUUGUACCUCCCAGCCUCCAGGGAGCUCUUCCGCUCUGUGGGUCAGAGCCCACAGGAGGUGGCCCAGGCCAUUGUCAAGGUCAUCAGCUCUACCCGACCACCCCUGCGCAGACAAACCAACGCCCGCUACAUCCCAUUGACCGCGCUCAAAGCCGUGGACCCCUCGGGCAGCCUGUACGUGAGAACCGCCCACAGACUCCUCUUCCACUGGCCUCGCCUCCUCAGCCUUGGCCUUCGAUGCCUGGCCUGUGGCUGCCUCCCAAAACGGGUGCGGCCGGGAUGAGCAGAGCUGAGCCUGAUCCUCCUCACCUGGGAACAACCAGGGCUCCUCAGUCCACACCCAACUCAGUGGGCCACCACAGACUCAUUCAUUCAUUCAUUC